CUGCACCGUGCUGUUUGCCGUUUCAUACAUGGGCCUCGGCGCGACUCGCCCUGCGUCACCGCAAUUAACUGCCUCCCAGUAGUGCUGCGAUGGUUGUGUGCGCGUCAUGUGGCGGCGAGGACUUCGAAGAAGUCUCGGGCCUCUUCUACUGCUCCGAGUGCAACACCCAAAGCCAAGAGGUGCGCGUCGAACAAGUGGACGACGAGGGUGCCGCACCACCUCCGCACGUCGGUCGCGCCUCUCCGCGGCAGUCGCGCAAGGAGACGGGCGACAAGCCGCAGGAGAGCAAGCGCCACUACCAGACGAACGAACUGUUCAACAUAAUUCUCGUGCGUCAAGUCGACGCGCUCGUAUCGCUGGGCGCGUCUCCAGAACUACGCGGGGUCGUGUGUCGGCUGUGGAUGGACUACCUCGUCAAGCUAGAAGCCGUGAGUCGCGUCGAAGGCGACGAGCGAACACCCCGCAUCGGGGCCGCGAACCGCUGGAGCGACUUGCGAACUGUCGAAGAGCUCCUCGCGACGUCCGAAUCGAACGAACGCAAGCGAAAGAAACUGCAGAAAGCGCUGUUUGGCUCGGGUGUAAGGACGCGACUCACGCCACGCUCGUCUCGCCGUCGCAAGCAGCUCAGGAACCGCUGCGUGGUGGCUCGAGCGCGCAAUCUUGACUCGGAGUGCGAGGACGUCCUGGAAGAAGAGGCCGCCGCAGCUACGGAAGGAGAACAGGCCUCCGACGACGAAUGGGAGGACUUUAGGUCGACCGCGGCCAAGGAGUACCUCGAGCUCGUGUCCGGCCGUGGUUUCAACGUGCACGACAAGAAAGUCGGCCGGGAAACUGAGGUCACUGUGGUAACUCUCCAACGGCUCUUGUGCGUUCUCUAUUUGGGCGUUUUGAUUACUGGAGAUCCCAUCUUGCUGACUGAUAUCUUGAGGUGGGCCCGGGAUGGGCACCUGCCGUACCUGCAUGUCAUGAAGCUCCUGCCCCAGGACGCCAAGCUGUGGGGCCAACAGUGGCGAACGUUCGUGAGACUGGCGAUGCCCACGAUCGACGAACUUUCAGCGCAGGCGGCCCACUUGGCUCACUUCCUCGGAGUCCGGAACGAACUGAAACAGCCACCACUCCUACCGAUCGUCAUGCGCCUCGUGGCGGACCUCAACCUCCCUCUAGAGUUUGUGAACGUCUGCGAGCAGGUUCUUCGCACCCAUCCCGACAUGGUGACUCGCUGGGACGAGCCACCCACCCGAACAUCGCGCUCCGUGCCCCUUUUUUCUCCCGUCUGUGAAGUCAGGGCUGCAGCUCUCCUUCUGCUGUCCCUGAAGCUUACGUUUGGGCUGAAUGGCAGCAGGGAGAAACAGUUGUCGCAAGCCGUUGAGGAGUUGGCUAGCCGUCAUCCCGGAGCGAACCUAUUCGUGUGGGCACGCUGGGAGAAACACAUGCGUGCCAGGGUCCUUUUGCUGCGUUCGAGCUGCUACAUCUUCGAGCCCAAGGACCUCGAUGACAUCAGGGACGUGGGUGUCUUGUUCCGUCAUCCUGACAGCAUUCCAGGUGACCGUUGCAUGGUCACAAAGGCGCUAAGGGAGGGUCUGCAGAAGUCAUUUCGGGAGAUGCAUGAGAGGGAGCUUGCCUUUCAAAGCGUGCCUGCAACCAGCUUUGCAAUCUCGCCAGCCGUACGGUUCUUCUCUCAAAGCAUGGCGGUUUCUUCAGGGCUGAGAGCAGUAUUGGAGGAAUCAUUUCUUGACGAGGACGUGACGUAUCUCACCCGCGCCAGUGAUGGCGUCGCAUCUCUUGGAGGUUGGGCUGAGUUGUGUCAAAGGGAGCCGGAGUUUGCGGCCAUUGUGCACGACAGUUGUGACCGGUACUGGACGGUCGCAUUGAGGAGAGUUUAUGAUAUGAAGUAUUCCACUAUUGUGCAACACUCGCUCCCUAAAAUUUUCCGAUUUCUAUUGGAGGUAAUUGCAGCUAUAACACAUUGCCCCCCAAAGGAGCUGUACAGGGACCUUUUGCGUAUUGAAGCACUAUUUGUCAGGCAAGACCGUGUCUUUUAUACGUAGUAUGUUGCUUCACAUUGUCCUAAUAUUUUUUUGAAAAGACUGUUACACAUUGGUAUAUUUCCAUUGUUGCACAUUGCUGUGUAGGCUUAUAGGGUUGAGGCCAUGACAUGGCACGUGAGAUAUGCAUUUUUCAGCACCGGCCAUUGUUCUGUUGUUUCAUAAAUGGUCAGUAUUCCAAUGAAAUAGCAAGGCACUUCUAAAAGAAACCAUUAAAAUUUAGACCAUAUAGCGUCUUGUCUAGGGGGGGGUGCCCUCAUCACAGAAGCCACAUUUAUCAAAUGACCGUCUUAAUGCAACAGUGUGUAUUGAUGUAAAGUGACAUGUCUGUGCUGGGAACAGGAUUAUGCCCAUACAUUGUGUAUGCCACUGAGCAGACCAUAUGUGCUGCCUACUUGUUCAUGGUCUCCAGGCACUUUUCAAGCAAGAGUUGUCUACUUGCAGCAAUUGUCUUUUGUUAGGUUAGGUUGAAUUUAAAAUUCAUACAGAAUAAUAACUUGCAUUGACAUUGCCAUAGAUGCCAUGUUUUAGGACACCCGUUGUGGUUGCUUAGUGGCUUGGCGUUGCUAUGGUGGCCAGAAGGGGCAGUGUGACGAGUGGGAGUGAGUAGGGGCACCAAAUGGCAAUGAAACAUGGUGGUCUGCUCAGGUGGCACUGCGCGUGUUGGGAGUGUGUUCAGCGGUCUUGCUAUAGUCCGGCUGACGGCUGUACUUUCGUGUUUUCUGUGACUCCUGCAGCUGUUACGUGCUAAAGUUCGCACAUAUGGUGCACCUCAGUAAUUUUAUUUAUUUACCAAGUUUUGCGGGCUUGAAAUGAUACGCUAAUUUUGCCACGUGAUAAUCUAGAGUGGCUAGUAUUUGUAAGAUCAGUAAAUGGUUCUCCGGUUCCGCAUAAAGUUCGCAGCACACGCUGCGCCUCGAAAUUUUUUUAUUUGGGUAGACCCCGUGCUUGCUUUAGAAAAACACGCUCCACUUUCCACUGAAACUUAUUCUAAUUGCAUGUCCGAAUUUCCGAAGUGCGGUCUACAUUCAUAUGUUGUGUAAAUUGUAUGCUUCACAAGGGUGCAGCAAAAUAACGGUGCCUUUAUUCUGGCGGUGCUGCAACCGUGAAGCAUAAAUAGCCAGCAACCUCUUUUCACCAUUACGAGUAAUAAUAAUAUAAAAGAAUGGAGUACAGAUACAGUUGAUUUUGCAGAAACUUUUUUUUUUGUUAGCAUUUUCAUACCUCAGUUUGCCAGCAGGCCAGAAAAUGACAUUCGAGCUGGGGUUAGUAGUUAAAUUACUUUAAAGAAAUUAAGUUCAAGCGCGGCUUUUAAUAUCAAUAUAUGUUUACAUUGCAAGGCUACAGUCAUAAAGAGCAUAGCACGAAAAAAAUGUGCUCAGACUUUUUGCUCGGCCCAAGUCAUGGAUAGCAUGGACUAUAGGGUUUAAGAUCAUCUGUAAUCUCGCUUUUUCCAAGGUCUAACGGAAAUUGCACUUGUCUCGACCUCCUGGCACCUUCUUAGCUGUUUUUCCCUCUGUACAACUCUAAAUUGGUUGAGUGACUCGGUGCAAAAGUGCAAGUGUGUCAGCACAAAAAACUGAACUUCUUUGCUAUUAGUGCUUCGCAGUGGUUUUCGUGGUUAACUUGAUGAAGCUUUACAGUGCUCAGAAACACCAUAAGAUCAUGUAUGCUAAAAGCCUACCGCUUCUCAGUAGAAAAAAAUAAAAGUAAACAUCCUCCAUAUGUCAUUAAAGUACAGCCAAGUCAACCCCAGGAUGCAACAAACCUCCCUGAUCAAAAUGCUUAAUAAGCUGAUUAUGUUUGCCGCACACUACGUUUUGCUUUCUUGUGGCAAGUUUUGUUGCACACAGAGCACAAGAACAUUUUCUUUUAAGCUUUCUAGCUACAUAGCCAGCCACGUAAAAAAACAGAAGUGUGUCAGCACAAAAAACUGAACUUCUUUGCUGUUAGUGCUUCGCAGUGGUUUUCGUGGUUAACUUGAUGAAGCUUUACAGUGCUCAGAAACACCAUAAGAUCAUGUAUGCUAAAAGCCUACCGCUUCUCAGUAGAAAAAAAUAAAAGUAAACAUCCUCCAAUGUUAUUAAAGUACAGCCAAGUCAACCCCAGGAUGCAACAAACCUCCCCGAUCAAAAUGCUUAAUAAGCUGAUUAUGUUCGCCGCACACUACGUUUUGCUUUCUUGUGGCAAGUUUUGUUGCACACAUAGCACAAGAACAUUUUCUUUUAAGCUUUCUAGCUACAUAGUCAGCCACGUAAAAAAACAGACGGCUAACACUUUUUUCUGCUACAUAGCUGCAGUGGUCCUUGUUUUAAGGCAGGCUUAAUGGCAAAGCCAGUACCAUCAAUCUUUCUGACCUCUAGCAUAUCCUCGACGAUGUCUUGUAUGUCAAAGACAGCACUGCUGUUUGUGCCUGCUGAUAAAGUGUCAAGCAGAGCUCCGAAAACCUGUGCCGAGCAGUUUCCAGAUUUUGGGGAUCGUACAAGGUUGUAAAAACUCAAGACAACUUACUGUUGAAAAAAGAAACUGCCCUGAGCUCGGAUGGUCAUUAGUACCUGAAUAUUGCGUUAUGAUGCCAAACAAGUUUUCGAGCUUGUCCCAACGUAGUCUUGACGUCGACAGGUAUUUGAAUCCCACUGAAUAUGUGACUGCAAAAGUGGGAAUGUGCAGCACAUGGUAACACGCAUACCUUCAGCAGUACUUUUGCUUAUGAACCCACUUCCGCAUAUUCUUUUUUAAAGCUCAUUCCCAUUCGCUGAAAAAUGCAAGAAACCCCUUAAGUUCUGUAGCGUCUUGUGAUGAUGGUCUAAGUCCACGUUUUGGGUACCUUGACAUCAUUAUAGCUACCGUAUGAGCCGGCUCGCAAGAUGUUCUGUCGUGGACACUGAAUUUGAGCAGAGUUGUA